AUGUUGAUUGGGGGAAUUCUGAAUAACAUAUUCGUUCUUCUCGGUCUCAGCAUUUUAUUGGGAGGUAUGGUCCAGUCAGAGCAAGCGUUCAACCGAUACGAGGCGCAAGGGUCAUCAAGUCUCCUUUCCAUUGCCGCAACCAGUCUCCUCAUCCCGUCGGCAUCCGACUUGCUAAACCAGGCAACCCAGAAGAACAUUGCGAACCAGUCCCGAGGUGCUUCUAUCAUCUUGAUUCUCGUGUACCUUGCCUACCUAUCUUGUCAGCUAGCAACGCACCGGGACGCCUAUCACGCCAAAGCGGGUGAGUCGGUCAGAAAACAGCAAGUUCCCGCAAACACAAUAGAAGCUUUGGUGACUAGGACUGGCGGGACCGGUGCGAUUCCUGUGAUCGCACCCCUCAUCAGCACGUAUGAACACGAUAAACUGCCGAUGCUGCCGGGGCAGAAAUUGAGCAAGGACGAGAGCGACAACGAGGUCCACGGGCCGCAACUGCACUUUGGCGUAGCGAUGGAGCUGUUCCUCACGACCAUUGUGCUUUUGUACUUCUGCAUCGACUCCGUCGUGAAUAGCAUCAGCGCUCUGGCGGCCACAACCCAGCUUUCCACAAUGUUUAUCGGCUUGAUUCUGCUCUCAAUACCCAAUUGCGACUUGGCUCCGAUCCCCCUCGCUGUCGACAACCGUCUGGAACAGACGAUGAAGUUUACCGUGGGCCGAAGCAUCCAAACCGCCUCGUUGGUUGAGCCCCUUGUAGUUUUGAUCGCAUGGGGCAUGGGGGUUGAGGGUGUCACCUUGUCCUUUGGUGGGUUCGAGAAUGUCAGCUUGUUCACCACGAUAUUGCUCCUGAACUUCCUUGUGGUAGACGGCAAAUUCCAUUGGAUUCACGGCAUCUUGCUUCUUGCAGAUUGGGCCUUGAUACCAAUAGCAGCCUACUUCAUGUCGCCCGGGCAUGGAGGGCCGGCGCGGGAGGCUUUCAUCCUGUGUGACCAACAGCGGCCGGUAUGUAUGAACUGCAUCCAGGCCGAUCGUGACUGUUCCUAUACCGGUCACGGCACGGCGCCAGACCCGUCGAGCUCGGUACCGCAGCCAGAAACAGAGCCGUCCUCGGAACGGUCCUCAGCUUCCACAACACCAUCAGCAGCACCACCCACGUCAGUUCAUAUCCCGGCUGCUCCUGGCAGUGGCAUGUACAGCGCGCAUGAUAACGUGUCCGGCCCUCGGAAUGAUGACGCAGUCAAUGUCACUCAUCUUAGGCUCUUUCAUCAUUUUGGAGAAUUCAUUGUCCCUCUCUUUGCAGGUAGCAAAGAUACAGACCUGGGGCGAGAAUAUCUCAGAAAUUACCACAAGGCAGCAUUCUCGAGCGAAUAUCUAAUGCACGAAAUUCUUGCCUUCUCUGCAUCACACUUGGCUCGUACUGAGUCUCAUCCUGCAGCGAAAUCCUAUGCGCACCUGGCGACCUCGUUACAGACGAAAGCGAUUUCUCUUUUCAAUGUAUCCACACAGAAUCCAGGUCUUAAUACUAUCGUUGGCACGUUCCACUUCUCAAGUCUUCUGGGCACCCAUCUUCUCUCGGACACAAUAUCGUUGCGAGACAUCAGUCUUGAUGACUAUCUCAACCACUUCGACAGAUAUCUCAAGGUGGGCUAG